AAAAGUAUUCUGUUUCCACGGAGCGAAGAAGCACAAAGCACUUCUGUAAACCAGCAGUUUUUGUUAAGUGGCAUCAUGGCUUAUUACUAUUUAAUACUUAGGAUCCAGUUACGAAGCAGGAACACAGUGUGUGAAGUGCCAUACAAACACAGAAUGAAAGACUGCUUCCUGCCUGUAAUAGCUGUAAUUGAAAUGCAUCAACAGCCCUGCUGUCUGUCACUGCUCUAACCACUGUUUUGGAGUCCCACCGCCAAUCUCUUAGUGCCCUGCUCUGCUGUUGUCAGCCUCACAAAUGAGGCAGCUGAAUGCAACGGGUGACAAAGCAAUUUUUCCUGUAAGAAUUAAUGUAACAGAAAGAACACCUAUGAUUUAAGACACAAUUUAAAUCAUGGGGACAGCAUACAUGGCGUGGAAGAUCACUGGGAACUGAGUGGAGGAGAUGCUGGCUUUUCAGCUGCUGGCCUUUCAGAGCACAUCAGGGCUCUGAAACGUUUUAACCACUUCAUCUGCAAGACCGAAUUGCCCAAACAUUAGUCUGUUUUUCUGUCCUUCACCUCUGAUUGACCUUGGUACAUGCAAGGAAGAUGGCAAUGAAAAUGGAACCAUUCACAGAGGCAGCAGGAAUGCUCUCAGUAAACGAUUUGGGUUGAACAUUCAGCCUCGCCAGUAGAAACAUUAACUCUUAGGGGAAAAACUGCAUUGCUGUCCGUCAUAACAUUAACUGCUGAAUUUUUUAGAAACAUGAUCUUGGCAGGUGGUGGAGUGAGUAUAGAUACAUGUGGUGACCCGAAGAAAAUGGAGACAACAGUGGAAGAGUUUUUCACUACUGGUCUGUAUAAAAACAGUGGAUGUCAUCAUCGCUAGAGGCUUCUUAUGAAGGAAGCAAGAGUUGGAAAUCGUCAGCAUGGAUGAUAUGAGAAAACAGUAAUUAGGUGAAUAUGUUUCAAAUGAAAUCCACGCUUUAUUAUUGAGCAUUUCCACUUUUUAGUAACCUGUAUAUUCAAAAUAUCAGUUAUAUGCUGUAUGCAUCUCUAUAUUCACUCCUUUAUUUAACCGGUUUUCUUCUGGUUAUUGCAGAUUUUUUAGAAGUCACUUGAGGGCCUCUCUGGUCUUGUUUCUCAUUGAUCUAACUGUAUCUAUCUCUCCUUAUAUAUAUACAGAAAAAAUGGACUGUAAUCGUGGGACUACUUGUGCUCAGAUGAUGUUGUUUGCCUUUCAUGUAGAGGAACAAUGGUAAACCUGAAGACAGAGAGGAUAGCUUGUCUCUCCGGUUCCCAUGUGAGCUUUUCGUUUUACGGGAAGCCUGGCUCCUACAACAUGGAUUUCCUGCUUCUCCAGAUUCUUUUGUGAGCAUCUGGGAAUUCUUAAUAUUGCUGUAAAUACACAAUUCCUUUAUAAAUCUGAAUAAAUUGUCUCUCAAGAGUAUAUCCUUGUAAAUUCCAGUUUGAUUAGGAGCUGAAUAGAACUGCAUUCCUUUGUCAUAGAGUAUUUCUGAGAGAAUUAUCUGGCCUUCCUCUCAUAGACUAGGCAUCGGUCUGUCAUUUCAACACAUUUUCUCCUAUUCAGCCAACAAUCCAACUUCUUCAGGCCCCUCCAGAUGAAUUUUGUAUUGAAUUACUCAUUUCCUUUCUAUAACCUUUGCGUCCUAUCUGUGCAUUAUCUUUUCCCUUGCUCUGAACUCACAGUGCAAGACUCACGUCUAGUUCACAAACCUUCUUUGCAUUCUACAGUUUUUCUAAGAACUUCCCUUCUAUUGACCAUGACUUUACGAACAGAUUGAGCUUCAAUUGUCUGCAAAAGAAAACCAUUGUUCUAGCUUCUAUAUGUCUUCUGUGUUAAAAACCCAUACUGGCUGAUGGCUUAUCUUCAAUAUUCAGUGUGUGUAUCACUCCCCAAAAUAUGGUGGCUAUUUUUUACAAGUACUUAUACUCCGUUCACUUUUUGUUUCUGUAUUUUUAUUGCAAACAUACAUACAGACACUGGUAUCUGGGGAUGCAUUACUUAGAGCAUCUUCUUCAUACAUAUAAAAAAAAUCAAAACUCUGCAUGAUUGACAUGAGGCAGUGUGAUGGCUAAACAAAACAGAAGUGACUGCUACAUAUAGCCAUAAACUCUGGAAAAAAAAAGAGAUUACAGAAUAGGUCAUAUUACUGCACGAGGAACCUGUGUAGCACAUUUUCCUGAGUAUGUCUGCACACUUCUCUCCCCCCUGGCCCAACUGGGGGCACAGCCAAAAACCCAGAGGGUGGUUGUGGUGCGUAGGCAUACCCCAAGAGGAACAGGCAUACAAAAAUCGCCCCUGAAGCAGCCCCCUUUCAAAACCACCAUGUAUUAAGUGCACAGAGAGAGCAAACAGCACAUCACACGGGUGUUUUAUGGUGCUCUGAGCAAAAGGCCAGGGCCAAAGUGCAGCGGGCAGAGCUAACGUGGGUUCGGGCCCACAGAGCACACGCCUCCAGAGCGCAGCAAGCCAGGGCGGCCUCAGUGCCGCCAGCACCCUUCAGAGCACCCAAGGGACACCCCUCCACCUUCAGGAUGGGCGAAUCAGCCUCCCGGCUGCCCCUCGAGGGAGAAGCGCUACCCGGCAGGAGCCAGCGCAUCCCGGUGGCAGAUAAACAUCAUGUCAAUGGAAACAGAAUGGUAGAACCUUUCCCAGAGGGAACACAGAUGGCUAUAUUUGGUAUGGGCUGUUUCUGGGGAGCUGAGAGGAAGUUUUGGAGACAGAAGGGAGUCUACUCCACUCAAGUGGGUUAUGCAGGAGGGUAUACUCCAAAUCCUACCUACAAAGAGGUCUGUUCAGGUAAAACUGGUCACACAGAGGCUGUACGAGUAGUAUAUCAGCCAGAAAACAUCAGCUUUGAGAAACUGCUCAAGGUCUUCUGGGAGAAUCAUGACCCGACACAAGGAAUGCGACAAGGUAAUGACUUUGGCACACAGUAUCGCUCGGCCAUCUACACAUUUUCUCAGGAACAGAUGGAAGCUGCCUUGAAAUCUAAGGAAGAAUAUCAAAAGGACAAAAAUGAAAUAAUUCCAUAUGCCAGCAUAAAAGCGCUGAAUACAUUGAUGCUGGUAUUGACAGAGAGCGGUUUUGGGGCCAUCACAACAGAAAUCCGCGAGGCUCCGGAGUUCUAUUACGCUGAAGAUUACCAUCAGCAGUACCUCAGCAAGAACCCUGACGGAUACUGUGGCCUCGGGGGAACGGGGAUUUCCUGCCCGAUUGGGAUCAAGAAAUAGCCUCUGCUCGUGCCACCACCUCCACUUUGUUCUAGAGGGUUGUUUGGAAAAGGUCUGACAGCCCCGAUAGGUCUUUCAGCACGCCCACAGCAUCAGUGCAUAAAGAUUUGGGAACCCUGAUGGGGCGUGGCUUUCUGUAAUCUGAGUAGCUUCCAAUUCACUGACAUUAAAAACCAAAGCAGAGUCAGAAAUUGCACCUGUUGGCAAACACAGCUCCUUGCUCUGUGCAGUUCCCUGGGUUUCCUUGCAUUCUCAUAAUCUGGAGAGGAAAGAAACUUUUAAAAGUUUGGCUUGAAAUGCUGCUAAAGAGAUGAAUUAGGGGGUGGCUGCACCUGUUAUCCACUUUGCAUAGCAACUGCUUAUAGACAUCCUUAUUUUCUUGCAUUAAUGAAUUUGCUCAUGCUGGAGCUUUGACUUCUGGAGACAUGGCUGGGCUCAUCUUAGCUAUCACAACCCCGUAGCUUGAUGUCUUUGAGAAUGAUAAAUUUAUAAGAUCCAUAAUUCUCUUACAAUUCCACUUUCACAGCAACAUGUAAUAUCACCUAUAGUGCCUAUUUUCAGGAGCAAUUUUAGUACCAAAAAAAAGAAAAAAUUGUAAUGUGAUACUUCUUUUUUUGGCAGUUCCAAAAAUGUAUAAACACAAAAA